ACAAAAGCGUCUACUUAGAUUACUCGGAACGCGAAUACCUGUCCAUUUUCAUUUGCAAGUUUGAAGGGCCGUAAGCUGAGCCCGGUCGUGUUCACAACGAUGAGUAUACAUACGGUGAAAUCAUGAGAGGUGGUAGCUAAGGGCAAGGAUGGAGCCACAGGACCCGAAGGAGCGUCUUGCGCGGACUAUCGCGGCCCUUGAAGCCGGUCAAUUCUCCCAGGGGGCUCAGAAUGCUCAGGAGGCGGUGCCAUGGGGCCUGGCCUAUGCCCUCGCGGUGCAGAAGGAGUCCGUGGGGGCCGGGAGGGCUGUGCGGGGCCUGGGGCCCCGGCCCAAGCACGGCCAGCACCCGGGCCCGUCAACGCUGCUCAAGCACCGCACGGGGGCAUUGGCAGCCGGCGAGGGCGCCGCCCCGGCCUUCGACCCCUUCGGCCGCACCACCACGCUGCUGACCAACCCCGUCGAGGCGUCGUGGCGCUCCACCAUUGCGGCCACCGUGCCAGAGCCACCGCCAAUCGCACAGGCGCCCGGGGUGCAGCCGCAGCCGUCGCACACGGGCAGCGGGGGCGGCGCUGGUGCGGCCGCCUCGCCGCGCAGCUCCCGCCCCUUAGCUCCCGCGGGCGCGGAAGGAGCAGUACAUGGUGGUGGCGGUAGCCCGCUGCGGCACACCGGUGUUGGCAAGCCCACUGGCGUGAAGCAGGGCGACUUCGUGCAGGCGGUGGCAGCUAACAUGGGGUGGGGCGGCAACCCCAUGCGGCUGGCGGAGGUGCCGGAGGCGUUCUGGCAGACGGUGUCGCCGGAGGUGCACUCGAAUAUCAAUGAGUAUCUGUUUGAGCAGGAGUAUGACCAGGAAAAGUACAUUGGCGAGCAGCUGGCAGACCUGCACGCCCGCCGCGGUGCACAAAUGACCAACAAGGUCGCCUCCGUGGCCGCUGCCACAGUAGCCGCCUCCGAGCCGCCCUUCCCGGACGGCCGCCCGCCACCGUCAGCCGGCACCGGCGCCGGCGUGGGCGGCCUGGGAUCGCCGGGCCGCCGCGUGAGUGGAUCCAUCUCACCGUUGCCAGGAGCAGCCCGCAGCUCGGUUGCGGGGGCGGUUGUGUCCGCGCCGGUGCAGUUUGCUGCCGGCGGGUUGGCGGCUUCGGGCGCGGCCAGUCGUGGCAGCAGCCCGUCGCGCACUUCGCGCGGCGGCACAGCGUCUAGCACAGGGCUUGGCGGUGGGCUGACGGGCACGACGCCGUUGCCGGGUGUGACGCCGCGACGCCCCGUGUCGCCUGGCGGCUCGGCACGCGGCCCCGUCGCAGGCCUGGGGCUGGCCCAAAGCACGUCCAUGCACACCAACCAGAUCGUGGCAGCAGCAGGCGCCGCCGCAGCGGCAGCAGCAGCUCACCCGGCCGUGGCGGCCACGCCCGCAGCUGCCGCUGCGGCCGCUGCGGGUGCAGGCAUCCGCGCGCCGUCGCCUGCGGGCUCACAUGCUGCGAACGGAGGGGCAGCUACGGCCGCAGGAGGCGGCGGCGGCGGUGGCGGGCAAGGCAGCGGCGGCGCCGGGCCCAACCGCGCGGCGCUGGUGGCGGCAGCGGCGGCAGUGGACCCGGUCAUGAUGAGCAAGUAUGCGGAGCAGCAGAUCUUGCGCAGCACCGUGGCGCUGUCGGCAGUGCUGUCGGCGGACCACACGGGCGUGCUGGGCCGGCCCGACACGGACCGCGGCGUGGGCGCGCACGCCGUCAGCCGCUGGUACCGCGCCGACGGCACCUUCGAGUGGCUGCCGUGUGUGAUUACGGCCGUGUCGGACAACGGAACCGCCUUCGCCAUUGAGUGGGACCAUAACCGCAAGACCAAGACCGUGUCCCGCUUCAACAUCCUGUUUGAGGGCGAGAGCGAGGACGGGCUGUCGGAGCUGCGCAACGCCGCGCUGGAGCACCAGCGGCGCCUGCAGCAGCAGCUGCAGUACAACGCCGCGCGCGACUCGGUGCCGCUGAGUGCCGCGCCCAUGCUCACAGACGACACGCUGGAGGGCAUCGUGCGGCGGCUGGGCAUGGACUAUUGGGACGUGCUGCCGCCGCUGCCGCAGCAGGGGCAGGACGGUGAGGAGCUGGGCGCACCGGCCAGCCCAGCCGCCGGCGCGGGGCGCAAUGCGGUGGCGGCGGCACAGCGCGUGGCGGCGGCGGCGGCGGCGGCGGGCGGGCGGUCCGUGCCCAGUGCGUGGUACGACGAGCUAGGGGAAGAUUCGGACGACUUUAUGGGCGCGGAUGGCGCGGAGCCGACUGGAAGCGGGGGCGAGGACGGCGGGGAUGACGGCGGUGCGUGGGAUGCGGCCUCCAGAGCGCCGUCGCACAGGACGGGCGUGACGCACCGCACCAGCCGCACCGCCAAAACGAACUACACAGCACGCACGGCUCGGACCGCAGCCACGGGGGCUGGGGGCAGUGGGGACGGGGCAGCGGACAGCGCAGCUGCGGCUGCAGAAGCCCGCGCAGCGCGUGCUGCGGCACGUCGCGCGGGUGCCGGCAGCAAGCGCCUAGCGGCGGGGCCGCCAGGCGGCUACGCGCAGCCGGCGCUGCGUCGCCGUCUGCUGGCGUGGCGGUACACGCAGCGCGCCUGGCGCAAGUCCACCACAGACGAGCCCGUGGAGCGCAUCCGGUCGCACCUGGAGGAGGCCCGCGUGCAGUACGCUGUGGCGCACAACCACCACGUCUUCCGCGUCAUGGCCACGCGCAUGUUCGGCGUCAACGGCGUGCCCGACAACAUCGAGGAGCUGCUCAUGGACAUCAGCCGCACCGCCAACACCGACGAGGACGACGGCGGACUGCUGGUGGUGCCCCGCCGCCCGCUGCACCCGCACGGCACGCCCUCCGCGCCCGGGCGAAGUGGCGUCGGCGCCGCCGGCCUGGCCGCGGCCAUGGAGGCACUGCCGCCGGGCCUGGUGCCGUGCAUGGCGGCGUUCACGGAGCCGGAGGACCCCACGCCGCCGCCGGGCGCGGCGGCGGGUGGCCUGGCGGCGUUGAGCGCCGGGUCGCUGUUGGCUGUGGGCCCCACGCUGCGCGCGCUGCAGCAGGCGUAUCAGUACCUGGUGGCCAUGCACACGCGCGACGUGUUUGCGAUGUCGCUCAUCCCCAUGCGCAAUAUCUUUGCGGUGCGCGCCGGCCGCGACACCCUCGCGGCCGAGUUCCAGGCGUUCAUGGAGACACGGCGGCGGCCCGUGGCGGCGGCGGCUGUCAGCAGCUCGGGCGGCGGCAGCUAUGCCGGCUUCGAGGGCGGGAGCCAGCCUGGUGACUCGAUCGACCUCAUCUCCUUCCUGAACAUCCAGGAGGGCGUGCGGAUUGAGGAGGUGCGUGACCUGCGCGCCCGCGUGUGCGAGCAGCUGGCUUACAUCAUCGCUGACGCAGCUGACGAGGCGCUGCGCAGCGCCGCGGCGGCGGCGGCGGCCGCGGCCGUGGCAGCCGUGGAGCGCGCCACGGGUCGCGUGCGCUCCAACAACCCCAACGGCAGCAACAGCCCCGGCAGCAGCCUCCGGCGCCCAGGAAGCGGCGGCGGGGCGUCCGGGCAGUUGCCCGGGCCGCAGCCCAAGUUCGGCACCGCCGCGCGCCAGGCGCUGCUGGCGCCGCCGCCGGUGUCGGCCGGCGCGGUCGCGACGGCUGCGGCCGCGGCUCACGUGGCGGCGUCGCAGGCGGCGUUCGACCCGCUGCCGUUCUUCCGCAUCACCUCCACCCUCAACGUGGCGCUCUUCUACAACCUGCGCACGUGGAUGCUAAAGGACCUGCAGGUGUAUGCCGCCGCCGUGGAGACGUACGGCACCCGCGGUACGGAUCUGUACUUGUACGAUGGUGUGCCGCAGCAUACGCCCCGCACGGCAGCGGGCAGCGCCGUAUCAAGCCGUACUGCCGGGGUCGAGACGGCUGACACGGGCGCCGUGGAGGCUGACGCCCUUCAGACGGCGGAAGGCGAAGCUGCUGGUGUGGAGCAGGCGCGCGGGCAGCGUGUGUCGAGGCCGUCGUCGCAGCAGGCGCCAGCGGCGUCGGGGACCGGCAGCAUCAGUGGCCACGGCUGCGCGCCGCUGUUCCACGUGACGCUGGAGGUGGUGGACGGCCACGUGCGUUUCCUGCCGCCGCUGGAGACCAUAAGCGCGCGGCUGCUGGAGUCGGUCACGCUGUCGCUUGACGAAGUCAACACGCUGCCUGGGCUCGAGGUCUCGCUGCGGCACACGCAGCGGGAGAAGUACCCGCACGUGGCCUCCGGCGCCGGCGGCGCCGCCGCGGUGGCGGCAGCCAUGGCCGCUGCGUCAGCCGCCGCAGCAGCGCAGGCGGCGGCCGCCGCGGCAGCGGCAGGGGCCUCCAGCGCAGAGGCGGCGGCGGCGGCCGCGGCUCCGCUGCUGGUGCCGUUCGAGGUGACGGCGACGCUCAAGAUGCCGCCUGUGCUCGACCUGCGCACACCUGAGGUGGUGGCGGCGCUGCACACCAUUGAGGCUGCGGCGGAGAGCAGCCGGCAGCGCUGCGAGGUGCUGCUGAUGAGCUUCCAGGAGCACACCAGCCUGUUGGGCGCGGAUGCGGACAUGCUGCACGCACAGCUCAACGUCAGCCGCCGCGCCGCCAACAUGAACGAGUGGAUCGAGGUGGUAGAAAAGUACAGCAACCAAGAGAAGUCCAUCCUGGAGCUGAUGCCCUCUGAGGCGUGGCUGGGCCUGGUGCGGCUGGACUGCCGCGGCCUCAAGGAGCACCUGGCCCGCCGCGCUCGCGGCCUGCGUGACAGCAUCCUGCGCUGGCUGCUGGCGGACGCCGUGGAUGCGGCUAACACCACCCUGCUGCGGCUGCGGGAGCCGGCCGAGGUGCUGGCCACUGGCGCUGUGGACCUGGCGGCGCUGCACAUGGUGCGGGAGCUGCUGCCGCGCAUCCCGGCCCUGGUGGGCGAGGUGGGGGGCUACCUCACCACCGUCAAGGUCAACAUGGCCAUCAUCGAGCGCUUCAAGCACCCGAUCCCCGACGCCGAGUUCUCGGACAUGUGGACGUCAAUGCGGCUGCCUGUCAUCUGCCAGGAGGCGGCGUCGGAGCGGCUGGCGCAUCUGCGAGACGACGAGGAGCGCUGCCUGGACCUGCUCAAACAGGACCUGGCAAGCUUUGCUGACGCCGUGGCCUUGCUGCGCAAGCGUGUGGCGGAGUGGCAGCGGCAUGCUGACGAGGAGCUGGUGGACAAGUACGUGGAGUCCUGCGCCAGGCUGGAUGCUGACCUCAUCUCCGCCAUUGAGCGGUCGCACGCGCUCAACCGCAUGGAGAUCCUGGCGGGCUGGGAGCAGAGCAACUUUGACUCGCUCACCGCGCUGCGCCGCCAGCUGCAGCCGUACGCGGACCUGUGGAAGCUGAUCCAGGGCUUUCGCGAGCAGUACCAGGUGUGGAUGUAUAGCCCGCUGUUCGGGUUCGACCUGGACAGCUUGGAGACCCGCGUGCCCACCUGGGCCCGGCUGGUGGCCAAGCUGGACCGAGAACUCAAGGGCGCGCCGCACGCCAUUGCUCGCAAGUACCACAAGCGCAUCUCGGACUUUGAGGCGUUCCUGCCGCUCAUACGAGCGCUGCGCACCAACGGCAUGCGCCAGCGGCACUGGGCGCGGCUGUUUGAGGAGUGCCAGGCGCUGUCGCGCUUGGACCGCGACAUCUGGACGCUGCACUCGCUGCUGCAGCUGCGUGUGCACGAGCACGUGGUGCUGGUGCGCGACCUGGCUGACGUGGCCGCGCGCGAGCUGACCAUCGAGCAGUCGCUGGACAAGAUUGACGCCGGCUACCAUUCGCUCACGCUCACGCUGGUGCCGGUGCCGGAGAGCGGCUAUGAGGACAUUGUGACGCUGGUGAACGGCGAGGACCUGCUGCGCUUCAUCGACGACGCCCAGCUGCGAGUGAGAGGCCUGAGCUCCUCCUUCUACGUGGGCCCGCACCGGGACUCGGUGACUGCCUGGGACGAGACGCUGAGCAGCGUGCGCCUGAUCUUGGAUGUGUGGCUGGAGGUGCAGAACCGCUGGAACCACAUCGCGCCGCUGUUUGGCGCACAGGCCUUCCACGAGCAGCUGCCGGAGGAGGGCAAGCGCUUUGAGGAGGUGACGAUGGACUGGCGCUCCUGUCAGGGCGUGGUGUGCAAGCACUGCAAGGUGUCGGAGCUGACGCGACACACGGGGCUGGCGGGGCAGCUGGGCGUCAUGAGCGCCAAGCUGGAGGGCGUGGCGCGCGGCGUCAUGGAGUACCUGGACGUGAAGCGCGCCGGCUUCCCGCGCUUCUACUUCCUGGGGAACCUGGAGAUGGUGGAGAUGAUGGUCGGCUCGCACGACCCCUCCGCUGUGGAGCCCUUCCUGCCCAAGUGCUUCCCCGGCGUCAAGAAGCUGGGCUGCGUCAAGCUGCCCUCGCCGCAGCACAGCCCCGCCCGGGACAAGCGCGCCGGCAGCCGCACCGACACGCCCACGGAGGGCCUGGUCGAGGGCGGCAGCAUCUCCAGCGAGCCGGCGGAGCCGGCGCCAGCGCCACCCGUGCCACCUAAGAAGCAAGCGGGAGGCGCGAACCCGGGGCUCGCCGCGUUCCUGCCUGGCUUCGUGCCCGGCGGCCACGCGGGCGUCGGCCCGGGAGCGGGCGCGCCCAAGGUGUGGGGCGGCCCACGCAUUGAGUCGCUCAUCAGCAAUGAGGGCGAGGUGCUCAACCUGAGGACCAUCGUGGACCUUCAGGACGGCCGCACGGGCAAGCGGCUGGAUGUGGAGUUCUGGAUGAGCGAGCUGGAGCGGCAGAUGAAGGCCAGCCUCAAGGAGACGCUGCGCUACGCGCUGGAGGCGGCGGGGCUGCAGGCGUUCGGGGCGUGGCUGCUGGCGUGGCCGGCGCAGUGCCUGCUGGCGUGCACCUCCAUCAACUGGUGCCGCGACAUUCACGACAUCUACCAGGCCGGUGCGCCGUUCGGCACGCCGCUGCGGCGCCUGGAGGACAUGCACCGGAUCCAGAUCCUGACGGUGGUGGAUCUGCUGCUGGGCGGCUCGCUGACGCCGCUGCAGCGGGGGCUCAUGGAGAACAUGAUCAUCACCAAGGUGUAUCACAACGAGGUGACGGCUCGGCUGCGUGAGCGGCGGCUGGAUACAGACCGAGACUUCGAGUGGGUCAAGGUGCUGCGAUUCUACCUCGAGGGCAACGACUGCAUCGCCCGCUGCGGCUACACCACCUACCCCUACGGCUACGAGUACCUGGGCAACACGCCGCGCCUGGUCAUCACGCCGCUCACGGAGCGCGCCUUCUCCACCAUGAUGGCCGCAGUGCACCUGCACUACGGCGGCGCGCCCGAGGGGCCGGCGGGCACGGGUAAGACGGAGACGGUCAAGGAGCUGGCCAAGUGCCUGGGCAAGCAGUGCGUGGUGUUCAACACCACAGAGCAGCUGGAGAGCGGCCACCUCACGCGGCUGCUCAUGGGCAUCAUAUCCACCGGCGCCUGGGCCUGCUUCGACGAGUUCAACCGCAUGGAUUCCGAGGUGCUGUCCGUGGUGGCGAAGCAGAUCAUGGUCAUCCAGACGGCGCUGGCGGCGGGGCAGCGCUACACCGUGUUUGAGGGCCGCACCAUGUUCGUCAACAGCACCCUGGCCAUGUUUGUGACCAUGAACCCCAUGUACGAGCACCGCUCCGUGCUGCCCUCCAACCUCAAGGCGCUGUUCCGCCCCGUGGCCAUGAUGGUGCCCGACUACACAAUGAUUGCCGAGGUGUCGCUGUACGCCGCUGGCUUCCAGUCGGCGCAGCUGCUGGCGGUCAAGCUGGUGUCCUGCCUCAAGAUCGCCUCUGACCGGCUUUCUGCGCAGCGGCAUUACGACUUCCAGAUGCGCACCCUGAAGAGCGUACUGCUCAUAGCUGCGCAGCUGAGGGCCGAGAAGGCGGCGGCGGCGGCAGCCGCUGCCGCGGCGGCAGCAGCCGCAGCAGCCGCGGCAGCCGCGGCCGCGGCAGCGGAGGCCACCAAGGGUAGCUCGCGGGGGGGCUCGCGGUCUGCCUCUCCUGCGCCAGGACCACCUGUACCCGCGCCGGUGCCGACUCCGGAGGCGCGCAGCCGCGCCAAGGACAAGGAGCCGCCUGUGGGGCGACUGAGCGAGACGGAAGAGGCAGCGCUGUGCAAGGUGGCGCUGCUGCGCUGCAACAUGAGCAAGCUGCAGGCCGACGACAUCGGCAUCUUCACAAGCGUGGUGGACCGGGAGUUCCCCGAGGCUCCGCCCUCCGACCCGCUGCACCAGACCAUCGAGCAGCACCUGCACCAGGCCGCCACCUACGUGGGCAAGCAGGCCACGCCCGACCUGGUGCUGCGCGCGCUGCAGCUCCACGACAUGCUGUCCAUCCGCACCGGCAUCCUGCUGCUGGGGCCGCCCGCCUGCGGCAAGACCGCCACCUGGAGCCUGCUGCAGCUGGCGCUCAGCCGCAUGGACGAGGCGGCAGGCGGGCGGCCGGUGGAGGUGCAGGAGAUCUUCCCGCGCGCGGUGCACCCCAGCCACCUGUACGGGUCGUACAACACCACACACCAGCACUGGGCGGACGGCGUGCUGACGUCGGCGCUGCGCGCCGCCUGCAGCCGCAACGCGGCGGGCGGCCGGUCGUGGCUGAUCCUGGAUGGCCCUGUGGACAGUGUGUGGAUCGAGGCGUUGAACCCGGUGCUUGAUGACAACCGCACGCUGUGCCUCAGCAGCGGCGAGAUGAUGCCGCUGCGCGACGGCGUCAGCCUGCUGGUGGAGACCGACUCCAUCACACAUGCCUCGCCCGCCACCGUCAGCCGCUGCGGCGUGGUGUUCAUGGCGGCGCCGCCCGACCUGUGGCGCGCACUGCUCGACUGCUGGCUGGCGCGGCUGCUGCCGCCUGUGUCCGAGUACGCGGGCAAGAUCCGCGCCACCAUCGCCUCGGUAUUCCCUGACCUGCUGCGUGCCUACACCGACACGCCCGCCGACGGCGACGCCGCGCUGCCGCGCCACCAGCCCACCACCAUCAUGGCGGGCCUGCUGCGGCUCAUGGACGCGUUGCUGUCGCAGUACUGCCAGCCACGCGCCUCGGAUGCAGGCGACAGGCCGCUGCAGGCGCGCAUUGAGGCGGCGAUGCUCUUCUCCACCGCAUGGGCCUUCGAACCGUCGCUGCCGCAGAAAUCCCGUCCCUUCUUCAACAUCCUCUUGCGCCAGCUGAGCAACCGCAGCAUCGUGUACGAGAGCGUGCGCAACGGCGUGUCGGUGGAGGUGCGGUCCAUGGGCUUCCACGUCAGCCUGCCGCCCGAGGGCAGUGUGUACGACCUCAUGUUCGACUUUUCCGCGCUCAAGUGGGUCAGCUGGCAGGAGCACCUGAAGCUGCUGUCCGACUUCACGCGGCUGUCCAUGACACCCGGCGCCUUCAUCCCCUUCGGCUUCCAGUCCCUGAUCGGCAGCUCUACAAACACGGGUGGCAGCAGUGGCCCCGGCGGCUCCGCGCGCGCCUUCAUCCUCACAGCCGACACGCUGCCAGCCAUCUACCUGCUGCGGAUGCUGCUGACCGCCCGGUCGAACAUCCUGGUGUCUGGGCCCUCAGGCGUGGGCAAGACCUCGAUGCUGAAUGCGCUGCUGCACAGCGCGAAGGACUGGAUAGCACAGAAGAAAGCGGCAGAUGACGACGACGAUGACCAGAGCACCGCAGCGGGAGGGACGGCGGCGGGCGCAGCGGCGGCUGACGGGGAGGGUGCAGCGGAGGAGGAGCCUGCGCCUGCAGACGCGGAGGAGGCGCCGCCUGCACCUUCAGGCGACGGCGAGAGCACGCUGGCUGGUGACGACCUGUCGGCCGCCGCCGCCGUGGCCAGCAGCACCGGCACCGGGUUGCUCAGCGGCCUGGGCGCCAAGUCCCGCAACGGCCGGGAGGCCGAGCCCGUCAGCCCCUUCGACAUCAUAUACCUCACGCUCAGCAGCCAGAGCUCGGCGCGCGGGCUGAAGCGCAUGCUGGAAGGGCUCUUCACGCGGCGGCGCAAGAUGGUGCUUGGGCCGCCCAUGGGCAAGACGGCGGUGCUGUGGGUGGACGACCUGAAUGCCGCGGGCCGGGAUGCGUUCGACGCGCAGGCCGCGGUGGAGGUGCUGCGGCAGUGGACCAUCUGCGGCGGCUGGCACGACGAGGAGAGCAGCCGCACGAAAGACGUGGUGGACACGUGCCUUCUGGGCUGCGUCACCACCUCCGCACACGCCAAGCCGUUCCCACGCCGCUUCCUGUCGCACCUGGCAAUGGUGGCGCUGCCGCCCAUCAGCCAGACGGGCUUCCACGCCAUCUUCACAGACAUGGUCCGCCGCAACAUGUCCACCGUCACCACCAUGCCGGUGGCACUGGUGGGGCUGCUGGUGGAGGCCACACUGGACUUGUACCGCAAGGUGGUGGGCGAGCUGCUGCCUACACCCGCCAAGCCGCACUACGUCUUCUCCAUCCUGCACGUCUCACAAGUCUUCCAGUCAAUCUUCCACGCCACGCGGCCCAGCCGGGGCACCCCUGAGCAGCUGGUGCGGGUGUGGCAGCACGAGUGCCUGCGCGUGUUCCACGACCGCCUCACGGAGGCGCCCGCCCGCAAGUGGAUGACGGAGACGGUGCAGGAGGUCACCAACCACUUCCUGUCCGAGUACGCGCCCUCUGCGGCGCCUGACCCCUCCGAGAUCCUGCUCUGCACCUUCGCCACCUCCGCCGGUGGCUACGAGCUGACGGAGCACGUGUUGCGGCGCAGCGCGGACGCCGACACCGCAGCCGGGGAGGGCGACAUGGACGUGCCGGACGGCGGCCCUGUGGACCCCGGAACGCCGGGCAGCAGCCGCAAGCGUGCCGGGUUCGAGGAGGGUGGCGCGGCCUCGCCCUCUGGGCCAGCCAGCCCCUCCGGCGCCGCGGCGCUCGCCCCCAGCCCCACCAAGGCCCGCGCCACUGGCGGCCUGCUCCGUGUCUCUCUUGAGCAAAACGCGGCCGCGGCGGUCGCCGCGUCCGGCGGUGACCCGGCCUCUCCCUCCCCUGGUGGCAUCAGCCGCCGCGACCCUCGCGCCAGCGAGGACGCGCCCGGCACGCCCACGACGCCCAUGCCUCAGAUGAAGGGCGACGCGCAGCUGGAGCGGCUGUACGACAUGGGCGCGUGGGUGGACGACGGGCGGCCCAUGCGCGCCGUUAUUGAGGAGCGGCUGCUGCUGGUGGCGCAGGAGUUUGCGGACCAGUUCGCGGGCGGCCGCGGCCCGGGGCAGGACCCGGUGUUCGUGUUCCGCAAUGCGCUGAUGCACCUGGCGCGCAUCUCGCGAGUGCUGUCCAUGGACCAGGGCCACCUGAUGCUGCUGGGCCCGCCCGGCUGCGGCCGCCGCACCCUGGCCAAGCUGGCCUCCCACAUGUGCCGCUGCACGCUGCUGGAGGCCAAGCUCAAGGACGAGCAGAAGGGCUUCGCCUGGCGCGACAUGAUCAAGACCGCGCUGCUGUCUUCGGGCGUGCAGGGCCGCCCGGUGUGCCUGCUGCUCGUUGACAUGGGCCGGCCCUGCAGCCGCAUGUUGGAUGACGUGGACCAGCUCAUGAGCACCGGCGGCCUGCCCAACAUCUUCAAGCCGGAGGAGCUCACAGGCAUCGCACAGCAGCUCAAGCCCGUGGCGCGCGCGGCGGGGCUCGUGUGGACAGAGUUCGAUCGCACAGGCGCCAGCGACAACGUGCUUCGGCAGUACUUUGUGGAGCGCUGCCGCGCCAACCUGCACUUCGUGCUGGUGGUGGAGGGCGAGCCGGCGGCGCUGCAGCGCAAGGUGGUGGCGUUCCCCAAGGUGUUCCAGCGCGUCACCGUCAACGCGGUGGACGAGUGGGACGAGGAGGCGCGCAUGCAUGUCGCCGAGCGCUUCCUCAUCAGCCCGGAGCAACUGGCGGUGGAGCCCGAGGCGUGGAGCCGAGUGCUGCGCUGCGCCGUGGACAUGCAUGGGGCGCUCAAGCCGCACGUGACCAAGUACAACGCUCGGGCCGGCUACAACACCGCCUUCGGCGCCACGGCGGUGCACUUCCUGCGACUCCUGCGCCUGCUCAGAGCCAUGGUGCCGCACCGGCGGCAGGUAGUGUCCACAGCGCGGCACAAGUACCUGCAGGGUGUGGCCAAGAUGAUGGACAUGCAGGACAAGCUGUCCGCGCUCAAGGGCCAGAUAUCAUCCAUGGCUCCGGAGCUGGAGCGCAGCCGUGGCGAGGUGGAGGCGCUGAUGCUGUUGAUCGGCCGCGAGAAGGCGGAGGCGGAGGCGGCUGUGCAGCGCUUCAUGCCGGCGGAGGAGGCGGCCAUGGCGGCGGUGGCGGAGUGCGAGGCGCUGCGGGUGGCGUGCGACGCAGCGCUGAGGGACGUGAUGCCGCCGCUGCAGGCCGCGCUGCGGGAGCUGCGGCGGAUUGACAAGAGCUCCAUUGCCGAGCUCAAGGUCAUGCGCAGCCCUCCCCAGGGCGUCAAGCUGGUGCUGCGAUGCAUCUGCAUCAUGCUGGGGCGCAUCCCGCCGCUGGUGCAGGAGAAGGAGGCCCGCGCCGCGCGGUCCACCUCGCCGGGGCGCACCGUGUCACCGGGCCGGUGGGGAGGCGUGCGCACAGGGGUGGGCGGCGCGGGCGAGUCGGCGCCGGAGGAGGACCCGGCCGUCACUGACGCCUGGUGGUCCGAGUCCAUCAAACUGCUAGCGGACUUCCAUUUCUUGGACAUGCUGCUGGGGUACGACAAGGACUCGAUGACGGAGGAGGUGGCGGCCAAGGUGGAGGUGUUCGUGGCGGACCCCAUGUUCGACCCCGUGGCGAUGCUGCGCGUGUCCCAGGCCGCCGCCACCAUCUGCAAGUGGGUCAAGGCCAUGGACGCCUUCCAGAAGGGCCGCAAGCUUGUGGAGCCGGCUCGUGAGGCGCUGCGCCAGUCCGAGGAGCGGCUGAAGGACCAGGAGGGCCUGCUAGCGGAGAACCACCAGCGCCUCACGGCCAUGAGACAGCGCAUCGUGGAGCUGGAGGAGAAGCUGGACCAGGCGCAGGACAGCCGCGACCGCCUGGACACAGACAUGGCGCAGGCGCAGCGCAAGAGCGAGCACGCGCAGCGCACCAUCACCGCCGUGGUGCACGAGGUGGGCCGCUGGAAGAGCAACGCCGAGCUGCAGGAGCGGCGGCACAGCGAGGUGCUGGGCGAGGUGUUGCUCAGCGCCGCGCACAUCGCCUACCUGGGCCCCGUCAGCGGCACCAUGCGCGUGCACGUGGAGGAGGACUGGCAGGAGCUGCUCAAGGGCGCGGGCGUGGUGGCGCCGCGGCCCUUCCGCCUGGCGGACGUGCUUGCGGGCCCGGCGCAGCAGGACACCUGGCGCGACUCGGGCCUGCCGCACAGCCGCACCGCUCUUGAGAACGCGGGCGUUAUGGCGGCGUGUGGCGGCUGGGUGCUGCUGCACGACCCCCAGGAGCUGGGCCACCGCUUCAUCAAGGGCUUCUAUGGCGGCGACGUGUGGCUGCAGGGCAUCGGCGGCCGGCCGGUGGUGACGUUUGUGGUGCUGGACCAGUCCGACCCCAACUACACCGAGCAGCUGUUCAGGGCCGUCGAGACUGGCGCCACGGUGCUGCUGGAGAACUUUGAUGACGACAUGGACGACAUCACGGAGCAGCUGCUGCAGUGCCGCCUGGUGGGCGACACGCGGGGGGCCACCGCCAUACGGCUGGGCGACAACUCCAUACCCUACCACAAGGACUUCCAGCUGUUUGUGACCACGCGGCUGCGGUCGCCCCGCUUCCCUGCCGACGUGCUGCGGCACGUGACGGUGGUGAACUUCUCCAUCACGCGCGGCCAGUUGUGCGAGCUGCUCAUCACCGCCACGCUGCGGCACGAGAUGCCGGACCUGGAGUCGGAGCACCUGGUGCUGAUGCGGCAGAGGGCCAAGGGCGAGGCAGACCUGGCGGAGCUCGAGGACCUGGUGCUGCAGUCCAUCACGGACACCAGCACCGAGGAGCUCCUGGAGGAGAGCCACGUGUACCAGCUGCUGCGCACACUGCAGGAGUCCACCGAUGCCAUCAAGGCCAAGGUCGCCCGCAUUGAGGAGUCGCAGAAGGCCAUCAGUGUCGUGCGCGCCGACACAGAGAAAUACUUUGUGGCGCGUGUGGUUCCCUUCUUCUUCUGCCUGGCAGACCUGGCCAACGUGCGCCACACCUACCAGUUCGGGCUGCACUGGUUCAUGCGCCUCUUCAAUGACGCGCUGGUCACGUGCCUGCGCAACAGCACAGGCAAGGCGAGGCUGGCCAGUCUGACCAUGCACUUCACCACCAUGUUUUACACCAACGUCAGCCGCUCGCUGUUCGAUGACGACAAGCUGCCCUUCGCGGUGAUGAUGAUGGUCCGGUUCCUGGAGGCGAGCGGCUACGUGACCAAGGACGAAGCCAACCUGCUGUUGUUCGGCCGCGCCACCGACUCCACCUACACCGCCAAGCCCACCUUCAUGCGCCUGGCCUCCGCGCGCGCCGGGCUGGGCCGCAUUGGCCGACGGCCUGGCGGCGGCAGCGGUGCCGGAGGCGGCUCCCGCCGCAGCACUGCCAGCGGCAGCGGCGCGGCGCCCGCAGGCAGCCGGCGCCGCUCCUCCGGCGUUGCCGGGUACACGGCGCCUGGCGGCCAGGCCUCCAGCCAUCACCUUGCUUCAGGGUCGGCUGGCGGAGCCGGGGUGCCGGGCGACCUGGGCAGUGAGGCGUCGCUGGCGGCGGGGCGGGGCCGCGGGACCCUCGACGUGAUCGGCGAGGGGUCGGAGGAAGCGCUGAGGCCGCAGGAUACCAUGCCCGAAGAUGAGGAAUCGCGGCGCCAGGCAACGGGGCAGGAGGGCGGCACGGGCACGGAAGGUGAGGGCGAGGAAGAGGACCGUCAGCACGAGGAGCAGGAGGAGGGCGGCGGCAGCGAGGAGGGCGAGGAGGAGGAGAGCAUGUUUGUGCUCAGCCUGCCACCGCAGCUGGCAGCACAAGCCCGGCAGUCCAUGAAAAGGAUGGCGGCGCCCGCGGCGCCGCGCUCGCACCGCCCGUGGGUGGGCGACGCGCCGCUUACCGCCGUCGCCUCCGACUCGCCACGAGAAUCCAUCUUCCGCACACACAAGGACGGACCCGAGUCCAACCCCUUCAAGGAAGAGCCCAGCGGCGGGAGUGCUGCUGCAGAGGGCUCCUCCGCGUCUGCUGCCGGGCCGGCGGCGGAGGGCAGCGGUCUGUCUCAGGAGCCGUCCGCGGCAGGCCUGGCCAGCGGCAGCAGCGGCUCGCAGCAGCAGCUGGGCGAGGUGCCUGCUGACGUGGACCCACUGAGCGCCAUGUUUGUGAGCCGCAGAGGCGGCAAGGCCGCAGCCACCAGCCGGCUGGCCCGCGCCGCCGGCGCUGCCGGCUCUGCGCCAGAGCCUUCAAACGGCGGCGCAGAUGGCAGCAACGGAGCGCUUGGUUCACAGAUCAGCUUUGUGGGCCUUGCCAAGGAGGGCUCGGGUGCGGUUACGCCACCGCUGGGCUCUGCCCGUGGCGUCCAGCCCGGGGCUGAUGGUGGCGCCGCCGGCGCAGACGUCAUCGCCGUCAACCCCAGCUUAUCACUGCUGGCCGAAGAGGCCAGUGGCGGCAGCGGCCGCACCAAGCGCCUGUCGGGGCUGCUGCCCACACUGCUGUCCAACGACGCCUCGGCGCCGGCCUACAUGCCUGAGCAGCUGCGGCCGGAGUGGAUGCCGGAGGAGAGCUGGUCGCGGCUGCGGGACCUGGGCAAGCUGCAGCCCUACAACCGCGUGCUGCCGCAGCUGUUCGGCAACGGCGAGAGUGUGGAGGCCAUGCGGACCUAUUUCGAGGCGUUGUCCGCCCUGGAGAUCCCCUCCCUGGCGCCCCGCCUGGACGGCGCGCCGGCUGACCCCAUCGCCAACCCGCCGCACCCGCGCCUGCGCGAGCUCAACACCUUCCAGCGGCUGCUGGUGGUGCGCUGCCUGCAGCCGCGCGGCUUCGUGGCCGCCGCGCAGGCCGCCGUGCGCGAGUACCUGGGCCCCGCCUGCGUGGCCAACGAGCAGAUGGUGGACUUUGACGCCAUUUUCGCCGUGACCGAGUCCACCAUGCCCAUCGUGCUCAUCAGCUCCUCCGACCACACGCUGCCCUUCCUGCAGCAGUUCGCGGACAGCCGCGGCAUCAGCGUCAUGCACAUGGCCAUCGGCCGCGGCCAGGGCGCCGCCACAGACCGCCUCAUCCGCGCCGCAGUGGGCACGGACCGCUGGGUGAUCCUGGAGAACAGCCACCUGGCCGGCGACUGGAUGCCCAGCCUGUGCCGGCUGGUGCAGGCGCUGCCGCUGCUCAAGCCCAACAUCCAUUUCCGGCUGUGGCUGACCACGGCGCCCACCUCCGCCUACCCCGACAUCAUCCUGCAGGCCAGCCUCAAGCUUGUCAUGGACCCGCCGCACGGCAUCAAGGCCAACCUGCUGCAGGUGAUGAGCCAGCUGCCCGUCGAGGUGUCCUCCAACAGCCGCUUCGCGCAGCAGUCGCUGCCCAGCUAUGGCACCGACCCGCCCCCCGGCGCAGACCCCAGCAACGACGUGAUAGGGCGCAAGGUCACCAUCCUGUCGCCCGACUGGAAGCAGCUCAUGCUGCGCCUCUGCCUCUUCCACGCCACGCUCACGGAGCGGCUGCAGUACCGCUCGCUGGGCUGGCGGCGGCCGUACGACUUCACCGCCGCCGACAUGCUGAGCGCCAUCAGCCAGGCCAUGUCCAUCGUGCACGGCAGCGGCGGCGCCGCCGACAUCGACGCCGCCAUGUCGGGCUUGCAACACGUGGUGGGGCAGUGCCUGUACGGCGGCAAGGUGACGCACGACUGGGACCGCCGCCUGCUGGGCUGCCUGCUGGCGCAGCAGCUGGCGCACCUGCAGCUGGACCCCGCGGCCGCUACGGUGGAGUCGCUGCUUCCGCCGCGCCUGGCGGCAUGCAGCACAGACCUGUUCCUAGUGGCCAAGGAGGUGCGCAGCCUGCCGCUGUCGCGGGAUGACCCCCGGCUGGUGGGACUGCCGCCCGGCGCGGCGUCGGUGCGCGCCGCGCAGUUCACGCGGCACGUGCUGGACACGCUCAAGCGCGUGCAGCUGCUGCGCAGCACGGCCGGGCACGAGGAGGCGGCGGCGGACCUGACGCGGCCGCUGCAGCUGGCGCUGAGUGUGUGCCAGGACCUCAUGAAGCAGCUGCCCGCCACGCCGCUGCCCGCGUCGCGGAGCGGCUGGGUGGCGCUGGUGGGCGCGGCUGGCGGCAGUGGCAACACGAUCGGGCCGACAGGCGGGCCGGGCGGGGCCGCGUCACCGACGCCGCGCAGCGGGCGGCCGCCGGGCGGUGCGGCUGCAGGAGGUGGUGCUGCUGGUGGUGCAGGCGGUGCAGGCGGCUCGGGCACAAGCGACUCUACAGCUGCGGCCGAGGAGCGCGCGCGGCGGCGGGCAGAGCAGCAGCAGGCGGCGGCGGCCGCAGCAGCCGCGGCGGCUGCCAUGCACAUCCCGCGCUACAAGGCCAUGAAGAUGACGGAGGAGAUGAGCGAUGCGGCGUUGGAGCGCUGGCAGGCGCUGUCGCCGGUGCUGCAGCGCGCCAUGGUGCAGGUGUUCAGCGACGAGGUGGGCAGCUACGCCGCAGUGCUGACGGCGGUGCACGAGUCCAUCCGCACAGUCAACGCCGCCAUCAAAGGCUACGAGAGCGUCAGCGACAGCGUGGCGGAGCUGGUGACCUGCCUGGCGCAGGGCUCGGUGCCGCGCUCAUGGCAGAGCCUGCGCUGCGAGCUGUCGGGCGAGAACGUGGCGGUCUGGUUGUCGGACCUGCAACAGCGCCUGGAGUUCCUGUACGAGUGGGCGGUGGAGGGGCCGCCGCUGGCGGUGCCACUGGGCAUGCUCAGCCGGCCGCGCAGCUUCCUGACGGCGGUGCAGCAGAGCUUCGCGGAGGCGCUGGGGCGGCCGGUGGGGCAGGUGGUGCUGGAGCCGGCGCUGCUGCAGCAGGACGAGGAGCAGGUCAUGCCCAGGGACCGCCUGGCGCUCAUGGGUGCACACGCGCUGGCCACCACGCCGCUAACGCUGGCGUCGCCGCUGCCAAUCCACAGCAACAGCGAUGCCAGUGCCGGCGGCAGUGGCAGCAGGAUGAGCACGCCGCCUGGCGGCGACACCGGUGGCUUGGGCACGCCGCCUGGUACCGCCGAGGGUGGUGUGGGCGCGGCCGCGGGCACGUACACCAAGCUGAUGCUGAGCGAGGCGCUGAGCGAGGGCUGCCUGGUGACGGGGCUGGUGUUGCAAGGCGCCCGGUGGGAUCGUGCCAAGCGCUGCCUGGCGGAGCCGGAGCCGGGCGUGCUGCACAGCGCCAUGCCGCUCCUGUGGCUGCGAGCCACCUCCGCGCCUGCGGUGCCGCAGCUCACGCGUGCGCUGGCACUGCCCGGCGCGACCGUGCCCACCCGCAUCGGCGACCGCUACGUUUGCCCGGUGUUCAAAUUCGUGGCGGGCUUCAGCAGCAGGUCCAGCAGCAUGCUGGCGGACAGCGACGACUGCCUGGCCACGCUGCUGCUGCCGGCGGGCCCGCGGCGCCCCGAGUUCUGGGCGGCUCACAACGUGUCCGUCACCGCACACGCCGACCCUAGCGCGGUGCUGGAUGUGGUGGCGGCGCCGCGGCUGCCGAAGGCGGCAGGCGCUUCGUCGUCUGGGAACUAGCGCUAGUGCGGCAUAGAUGCGCUGGAACUUGGGGGAGGCGGAGCGUGGUGCGGUGUGCAGGCGAGGGAAGCAGCACAGACUACUGCACAGGGACGAGCAGACGGAGCGGGAGGAGGAUUAGGAAGGAGCCAGGAGGGCUCAGAGGGCUGGGGAUAAAGAAAGCAGGUCAAGAACUGUAAAACGAACGCCGAGGUUUCGUUUGAUUGCUGGGAGAAACCAUUGAUCUAGUGGUGUUGCUUUGCAUGCGCAUUUAGAUGGUUUGGCGUCGGGACCACAAUGUACAGACGUUGAGCAAAGUCGUGGCGCUGAUGCGGGUGCAAGCGUGUGGCUCGAUUAUGAUUGCGGCAUUAAGUGGAGAGCUUAGCGGGAAGUAAGCGGUGCGCGCUGCGGGGGGGAUGCUGACUGCGAAGGAAGAUGCGGCACUGACAUGGGCCCAACUGCUGAAUAACCGGCGCCGCAACCUGGCUAUGAUAGCAUGGAAGCGGCCGGGAUGGCUGGCCCUGGCCCAGGACUAGGGAGUAAACUAGGAUGAUGCAGGCACGCUUUCAUGUUGGCGUUUUAGUGGAGUGUGCAAAACUGGGCCCGGGCACCCCCUGCGGCCUGCCUGGACCGUACGAACGCAAGGCCCUGCUUGUAGUACGUCGCGAUGCGC